AUGUCCGCGCCCCGAGCUCUUGCGCAGCUCGUCGUUGACAGCCUCCGCAUUACUGGCAAGGCCUUUGCCGCGGCGGGCCGCCAGGCCAUGGCAAACGCAAGGCAUAGGCCCGAUGCGCCCGAGGCUGGACCGUCGGGAUCAGGUGGCGGCGGCUCCAAGGCGGUGACGCAGGACCUGGGCAUGUCGCUCGAGGAGGCGCACCUGAUCCUGAACGUGAAGAAGGACGAGUCGAUGGAGAAGAUCUUGGAGAACUACGAGCGUAUCUUCGCCGCCAACUCCCCGCCUCCACCGCCGAAGGAGAAGGAGGCGGUGGGGCCGCAGGCCGGGGCCUCCAACGCCAGGCAGCGCGCCAAGGCCAAGGGCCCGACCCACUCGCACUACCUCCAGAGCAAGGUAUACCGUGCGUUGGAGCGCAUCCAGGCCGAGCGGGCAAGCGAGCAGCCCGAGGCCGAGGCCGCCGAGGCCGCGUCAGAGGCAGCGGAGGGUGCUGCCGAGGGCGCACCAGAGAGCAAGAAGGAGGGCGGGGAGGGCAAGGAGGGCAAGCAGUAG